AUGGCAGCGACUUCAGGCCUUCCCCCAAGUUUCCUGGCCUCCUUGAAGCAAAUGGCUUCCUCUGAGGAGGGAGUUGUUUGCUUUUUGGAAGGACUGGAUCCCCAUUGGAUUUACAAAACCUCCAUCGAAAGCAUUCUGAAUGAUUUGCAAACAUUACCACCGCCGUUCCAUCGAUCCCUUGAGCUUACGCUCUCAUAUGGGUUCUGGGCAGAGUACAUCACGGAUUGGCUCGAUCGAUCUUUCCCAUCGGACCCUCGCCCAGCAUUCGCCAGCACUGUUCAUGCAGUCGUCCUAACUCGGCUAGUGAACUUCAUCUACUUCGAAGUCUUAUUCCAGGUCCCAGACAUCGGCGAGCAAUCUGUCCUCAAAGAUAGGCUGUUCGUUCUCAACGCCUUGCAGGCGUUGGACGAGCUGUCUAGUAUGGACUUCAAAGACGCCGUACAGCCAUCCCAGAAUGGUGUGAAGCCCAGUUCACGCAAGAAGAGCGUCAGUCAGGCUGAAAGAAAGCGCCAGCAGAGGCGCGAACGAGAGAAGGAUCAGGACGCCGACGACAGCGUGUUCCAAGCUUUGGAUAUGGUCAAGCCGACCUGUCCUGAUGACGCUGAUGUCCUGGCGCUGAAACUCGUUUUCAAGCUCAAGGAGGUGCUGGUGAAAUACCUCGAUAUCCUCCAAACCCAGAAGGUGGCUACAGCCGUCAGGACGUCGUUAGUUCGCGCUCUCUCCGACGUCCAAGCCGUCAAUGCCAAACCGAAACCCGACUUAGCCAAGAUCAAAACCGAAAUGGGGCCAGUGUGGAACAACAUCACCAGCCCCACGUCGGCGAUCUCGUUCGCUCAGCCUCUGAAGGCAGCGCUGUAUUUUGACAGCGCUUUUGGCUUUGGCCAAUGGGAAAUUAUGUUGUCCAGCCGCGGGAUCAGCGAUCUCAAGGCGGCGUACAAACGCAAUCGCAAACUCUUCAACAUCGUCAUGAAGAAGAUCAAGGAGUUGUCCAACGCUCAUUUUUCUGACGACAAUCAGAAGCGUCUCAACAGAGGCGAAGGUGUUCCCGUCUUCGAAGCGAAGAUGACAGGCGACACUCGCCUAGUGUAUCAAAUUGAUUGUAUCGCAGAGUACGAUGUAGAAACGAAGGACCACGUUGAACGACAAGUCAUACGGAUAUUCGGGAUAUAUACGCACACCCAACUGGAUAGGCUCUGGGACUCGCUCGGGUACCAGCUCAGCCAAAAGGGCAGAGAGUACAUCCGUCGCUGCGGUGUUCGCAACAAGAACCGCGACGGCUCUCUCAUCGUGCCUGCCAUCUUUCCUCCUAACCCAGAGGCCGAAGUUAUCACCGACUUCGUUGGACCAGAGCUCCCAAAAGAGGACCUCGAAGAGAUUCAUUCGCUUUUGGUGCUGGAGAAGUUUGUAACUUUUUCCAAAGAACUUCGAAACAGCAUUCUCGCGGAGCUCGACGUCAACCAUGUAUUCAAACUCCAUCCAAACGAGAUGGAGAUCAUCGAACAUCCUUUCUCCUGCUAUGUCUUGGGUCGCAGUGGUACCGGGAAAACCACCACUAUGCUCUUCAAGAUGUUAGGCCUAGAGCGCACAUUUACAACCCAAAUCGCCCAUGGCGAGUCGAAGCCUCGCCAGCUCUUCGUCACUAAAUCUCGCGUUCUCGCGAGCAAAGUCGAAGAGUACUUUAUGAAGCUUAUGGCCUCACUGCAGGCGGGGUCGAAGUCCGAUGACGAGUUGCGAGAUCUCGCACUCCAGGCACAGGUGGAACCCACCAGCCCUGUCGAUGGAGGGCUCUACCAUCAGGAUGACGAUGUCCGCUGGCAACUGCCUAAGAAGUACAGUCUCCUUCAAGACGAGCACUUCCCACUGUUCCUAACCUUUGAGAAACUCGCAGAGCUCAUCAUCGCUGACUUGGUUAGCAACGACGCAGUUCCCGAAGCCCUCAGACAGGCUUUACAUUCCUUGAGCUCGUCCAAGGCGGUCUUGAGCUACUCAAAGUUCUUGAUAGAAUACUGGAUCCAUUUCCCUCAGAAUCUAACAAAGGGUCUAGAUCCGGCACUCGUGUUUAGCGAAAUUAUCGGGGUUAUCAAGGGUUCAGAGCAAGCUCUCGAAAACGAGAAGCGUUACCUCGACAAACAUGCCUAUCUUUCGCUCAGCGAUCGCACGCAAUAUCUGUUCUCCUCGCAACGGGACACGAUCUACGCCAUCUUCAUGAAGUAUCUUCAACGCAAAAGGGAGCUGGAAGAUCAGGACCCUGCUGAUCGCACGCACAAGAUCCUCGAGGCCUUCUCCUUGGAGACAGUUGGUGUUCCGGGUUCGAAAGUUGAUUUCCUUUACAUCGACGAGGCCCAGGACAAUAUGCUUAUCGACGGGAUGUUACUUCGCUCACUUUGCAAGGCCCCCACAGGUCUCUUCUGGGCCGGUGAUACUGCGCAGACGAUCUCUGUUGGCAACUCGUUCCGAUUCGAGGACCUCAAAGCCUUUAUGCACAGGCUCGAGGAACGCAGGGUCAAGUCUCUCAACCAAGAUCGAGCGGUCGUACCAAAACCCGCAACGUUCUUCCUAUCGACAAACUAUCGCUCACAUGGGGGCAUCGUCUCAUGCGCUCACUCCGUUAUCGAGAUCAUUACACACUUCUGGCCUUCUUCGCUGGACAAGAUGGCACCGGAAAAGGGUAUCGUCAAUGGGCUGAAGCCCUUCUUCUUCGGCGGAACCAACUCAAAUGCGAUCAAAUUUGAGGACUUCCUAACCGCAGGACAGCCGGAAGGAGACAUCGAGUUUGGAGCGCGACAAUGCAUUCUAGUCCGCGAUGACGAAGCGAAGAAGGCACUUCGUCAGCUCGUUGGGAACAUCGGUAUCAUCAUGACGCUCUACGACAGCAAGGGUCUUGAAUUCGACGACGUCUUACUCUACCAAUUCUUCGAGGAUUCGACGGUUGACUUCGGGCGCUGGAGAGUUCUUGCCAGCCUCCUUCCCGGAGAAACGGCCCCCCAAUUCGAUCCUACUCGACACGCAGGCUUAUGUAGCGAACUCAAAUCCUUAUACGUCGCUAUCACCAGGGCUCGAAAAAAGCUCUGGAUCUAUGACAAUUCAACAAAGGCGGAACCUUUGCGGAACCUGUGGACUUCGAAGGGGUUGAUCGAGAACUUCGAACCUGGCCAGGGUGCUCGAGCGUUGCCUCGCUUUGCAGUUACGUCGUCUCGUAAAGAGUGGAAAGAUGCUGCAAAGAAGUUCUUCAAGAACAAGAACUUCGCUGAAUCCAUUCAUGCAUUUAAACGUGCUGGUAUGGACCGGGAGGCAGAAAUUGCCCAAGCCUACCUACUUCGAAAGGAGGCCGAGACUCUCACUGUACCCCAGAAACGACGCAAAGCGUUUCUCGAUGCGGGCAGAGCGUUCGAAGACCAUGCCCAUAAGGCUCCCAAUCCCGAUCAGCGUCGAGUCUUCCUCCACAACGCCGCCGGAUGUUUCGAGAACGCGGGUGAUUAUCCCAAGGCAGCGGAGAUAUAUCGCAACGCAGAGGAAUACGAUGACGCGCUCAGACUUUAUCGAAAGGCAGGAAUGUUCGACGAGGGUGUCCAGGUUAUCAAGGGUCGUGCAGAGUGUAUGAAUAACGUUCUCGUGGAAGAGUUCAAGGACGACGCCAAGCUGUUCUAUUUCAAAGAUCAAGCGAUCGAGAAAGCGAAAGAUCUCUUUGAGACGACGGAGGACACUCUAGAGUAUUUCGAAGAGAAUCCUUUCCUUGAUGAGUCGCGAGCUCUGUUCCUUGCAGAUCUUGGACGGAACAAGGAAGCCGCACAAAUUCAUCUAGAAGAAGGCCGUUUGUUAGACGCUAUUCGACUACUGGUUUUGAACACGGACGACGUGGAGUCGUUAACUCAGGGCCAUGAAAUCAUACUGAAGGCACUAUGGCGACUUCUGCCGUUUGGGACGAUGGUGGACCCCGGAGCCCUGGACGAUGAGUUUUCGCAAAUCGACGAGCUGCUUUUCUAUGCAUCGACUCUUGAAACAAUGCGAUUGCACCUACCACAUUCGUCCAUGGACCAGAUAACUAUGUUCCAGGCCAUUUGGAAGUCGGACUGGUCGCGAUUGCUUCCCCUCGGGAAGCAUUUCCUCGGACAUGGAGAUAUCGCGUCUGCGAUUCUGUGCCUCAGCCAUUACUUUCAUCCGGCCCACCUCCCCGACUUGAAGGACCUCGACAACACAGACAUAUGUCACUUCCUUUCAGAUUUCCUCAGUUUCUGUGGACUUUUCCGCACCCUGGUGGAGAGAAUCCCUCCCUUGACCGAGACGACCCAGCAACUCUUUGGGAUCCAGGACUCAGAGGGGGGGAAUCGACACUUCGUGCCAUCUAAUACUUGGCUUGGCCGUCAAGUUCUCCAGAGCGCCGAGGUUCCUGAUGCAGCGAGAUCAAGAGAGGGUGUCCUAGUCGGCUCGCAGGAAUUGACGUCGUAUCUACGAGAUAGUCUGCUGCGCUAUCUCGCCGAAACGAUACGAUACGAAGACAUGCAAUGCCGCCUUGUUUCCUCAUUCACGCCAUGCGCGGAAUUUGCUUUGGCCGGCCAUUGUCGCCCAGAUGACAGGUGCCGCAAGCAACACAUGAACCCCGCGAAUCUCACAAAGGAGUGGCUUCAGAUGCAGACUCGUAUCCACCUCCAGCAAAUUUUGAUCCUGCAGGUACUAUACUGGAUCCCUUAUCGACUUGGGGGUAGUACUCGUGGAAGACGCUUCUGGAUCAACCGCUUCUAUCAUUCGUGUAACCCGCCCUCUCACAUAAUGGGAUCCUGGUCGAGCGUGGACUUCCGGGCAAUUCCAGAGGCCGAAGACGGAUUGCGUGCCUUGAAGAAUUGGUCUCGAACUCUGCUCUACGGUAGACCUGACCCCAACCGUCAGAACGUCGAAUUAACUUUCGUAUACCAAGCGGCAGAUCUUUGUUUCAGGCUAGACAGAAGGUUUGCAGGAAGAUACGUCCAUCGAUCGCCGUUGGUGAAUCGGUUCCUCCGAUAUCAGACGAUCUUCAAGCGUCGUUCGUCAGAAGGACGUUGGAUCUUCACAAUCUCUGAACUGCUCAGUUCCUUAGAUGCUUCCCGUCCAAAUUUCAUUACCGCAGGGAUAUUAGCUGCCAAACAUAUCGUUGACAAGAAGGCUUUCAUCGACCUUAACGUCCUUUGCAACUUUUUGGAAUUCUUAUCCGGUGCCAUUGUCGUCGCUCGCAGCAAUUUCGAAUGGCACAACGUCACACUUCCACGAAGCCUUUGUGGCACACUCCUUCAACGAAUGCGAAGGGCACUUCCUCCUUGUGACAUCAGGAAAGUUGGAAUCUUGGAGUUCUUAGAUUGUGCCUACGUCUUGCUUCGAACAUUGGUCGAGGGUGGAGAACACGCUGUAUACCUCCUCCAUGGCACCUCCAACGCACAGUCAGUGGCAGUGAGAUCACAGUUCAUCCCGAGAGUUUGUCGAGCCAUGGGCCUGGUGGCUUACAAUUUAGACAAUCUCACAAUCUACCGGAUGGUUCUCGAGAGGUUGGAGCCAUUGAAAAAAAUUGAAUUCCCUGCUCGAACCUACAGCCUGUUCGCUCAUGCGAAGUUGUGGACUGACGUUUUCUACGCGGUCGAGUCUUCCACCCGCUACUCCCCUUUUGAUGAUAUGAUUCACUUGUGGUCGAAAGCAAGCCCACCUCCCAAAAGCGUCCUCCCUAACCACAUCACUCGUGUUUUCUUCGAAUCCGUCGAGGAAUUACGACAUUGUCUCGCUGGAAUCGAGCCUCGCCGGGUCGCAGUUUACGACGGCACAAGUGCCGCGGUAAGUGACCCAUCAACGAAACCCGAUGAUCCUCGGUUGGACGAAGCCGUCAAGACAGUUGAUGCAAGCAAUACCGAGUCCACCCCGACGGCAGUAGAGUCCUUUGAAGCAGUGCACACGGGGGCCGAUAUGGAAGGGGACGACCAAGAUUUGGACGAAGAAAUUCCUGAAGACCUGCUCGAUGCUGGGUUGAAGAUCAUGAAGGCCUGUCGAAUGCUUAUCAGACGCCGCGAAUGCGAGACGAGAAUGGCAUCGCAGCAGUUGGCCUUGCGUGACUUCUUCCGGGCUUGUCUCCAACAGUCCGAGAAGAUAGAAUGGCCACCGAGUUCUGAAUACAGACUCUACUACCUUGGAGUAGUCCCCCACCUCUUGGUAUGCCUUCAGUGGGCCUUGCAAUUCUUCCAUGCAGAAAAGACCAAGGCAAAGAAAGCGUUCAAGGAAGCGAAACACACGGAAUUGCAGAAAACCCGGGAGAAGUUGAAUACCAUAGCCGACAAAUUGAAGCAAAUCCAAAGCCUCAACAGGGUACUCGAUCCCAAGUCCACUUUCCAUCACCGACGUGAUGUCAACGAAUUAAAACGAGUCAUCGAUGAUAUUGAAACCUUGUUCACGUCCCUUCCUUCCACCUUCACCGACGACGUCGUAUUACAUCUCGAGAUGGCCCUAUGUGCCCGCAACAAGAAUAUCUCAAAGCCCAAACCCAAGUUGAAUGUGCCUGACGAAACGCAGGACUGGGAAUACGACGAGCGAUGA